UACUUCGUCGUGGUCGGAGGAGGCACUGCAGGGUCCGUUGUUGCAGGAAGACUCAGCGAGGUACCGGACUGGAAUGUCCUUCUCAUAGAAGCAGGCGGUGAUCCCCCUAAGACGUCCGACAUUCCUGCAAUAUUCUUCUCCCUUCAGAAAACUGACAUCGACUGGAAAUACAGGACGGAGCCCGAAGAAGAAAGUUGCCAGGGAAUAAAAGAUGGACGAUGUGCCUGGCCCAGAGGUAAAGUUUUGGGCGGAAGUAGUACAAUAAACGGUAUGCUUUAUAUCCGAGGAAUGAAGGGCGAUUUUGACGACUGGGCUGCAGCUGGGAAUGAAGGAUGGAGUUACGAAGAAGUUCUAGAAUACUUCAAGAAAUCAGAAGAUUUUAAACCAAGUGCAAAUGAAGAUAAUUACGAACCAUUUUAUCACGGUACAGGAGGACCCGUAAGUGUGCAAAGAUUCGAAAGUAUGGAUCUCGCAUGGUCAGUUAUGGAUGCAGUGAAAGAGGCAGGAUAUAAACAGUUGAACGACAUCAAUGGCCCAAGCCAGUUAGGAUUUGCACAUUUGCACGGUACACUCAUAAACGGUACACGGUGCAAUACUGCGAAAGCUUUCCUUAAUCCCGCUAAAAACCGGAAAAAUCUUCACGUUUUAAAACACUCGAAAGUAACCAGGAUCAUAAUAGACCCGGGUACAAAAGUAGCUAAUAAAGUUGAAUUCAGUUCAAAUGACGGCAAGCUUUAUCAGGUUAAUAUUAAGAAGGAAGUAAUCGUAUCAGCUGGUACUAUUAAUUCUCCACAAGUGCUCAUGUUGUCUGGUAUUGGUCCAGAAGAACAUCUGAAGGAAUUCGGUAUCGACGUCAUUAAAGACCUAAAAGUUGGCGAGAACCUUCAAGAUCACUUAAUCUUUCUUGGAUCUGUAUACAACAUAAGGAAAUCUGGCAAGUCUCAAUCAAGCUCAUUGUCUUUCCUUGAUGCGUCUUAUGAAUAUCUAACACGAAGGAGUGGCCCACUCGCUACUCAUAAUGGAAAUACUGUGACGGGUUUCAUCAGGACCAAAUUCUCUUCCAAUGAAAGACCAGACAUUGAAAUAUUUUGUUUCAUUAUUUCAGCAAAUGAUACAAAUGCAGCAGCCACGGUUGGUACCAGUUUUGGUCUAGCAGACGAGACAAUUAUCUCGUUACAGGAAAUGUCAAAAGAAGGGGAUGUUGUUAUGUUGGCCCCUCUUCUUGGACAACCAAGAAGUAAAGGUAAGAUACUCCUCAGUUCAUCAAAUCCUUCAGAUAAUCCAAAAAUAUAUGCAGGUUAUUUAACGGACAGAGAGGACCUGGACGCAUUGCUGGAAGGCAUCGAAGCAACUACUAGAAUAAUGCAGACUGGCGUAAUGAAGAGUCGUGAAGCCAGAAGCAGAAGGCUGGCUGUGAAUUCGUGCGAGGUCUUUGAUUUUGACAGUAGCUCAUAUUGGGAAUGCAUGCUCAGAAAUAUUGCAACAUCAGCUUUUCACGCUGUGGGCACAUGCAAGAUGGGACCCAGUUCAGACCCAGAAAGUGUUGUUGAUCCCAGACUAAGAGUUCAUGGUGUAAAACGAAUCAGAGUAGCUGAUGCAUCCAUAAUGCCCAUCAUUGUGGCGACACCGACUUAUGCGACAUCUAUAAUGAUAGGUGAGAAAGCGGCUGACAUGAUAAAAAUGGACUGGCUUCAGUAACAUCUAAGCAUCCCAACCGAUAUAGUGUGCUCGGGCAGAGACGAAAAUGGAAAAUAAAAAUUAGAAAAUAUAUGCAUACGUUAAUAAUUCUGAA